AGACCUUAGCACGCAGCGCGGCGACACCUCAGAGAGUCUGGGUGUGGACGCCCCUGGCUCCCACAUGUCCAGUCACAACGGGGUGCUGCGGAUCCUGAGCGUCUACGGACAAGGGGAGGGCCCACUGGCGGUGGACGGCCAUGACGCCCUCUUCACCACGUCAGAACCGGAGGCCUUGAGCUCGCUGUCCGUGGACUGCAGCGUGGCCAAGAGCCUGAACUGCAGCGUGCGGUUGGUCCGCCUUGAGGAGCUGACUGGGCAUCAGGGCGGCCGCAAGGGCUGGCCCGGGGUCUUGUGUGGCAAGGUUUUUUCCAAUAAUGACAAUAUGAUCGUUCACAUGAGGACAAAACCCGACGAGAAGCCGUACGGGUGUCACCAAUGCACGAAGAGCUUCAUUGGGAAAGUACACUUGGAGAUCCACAUGAGGACUCACACCGGAGAGAAGCCCUACAAGUGUGACGAAUGCGCAAAGUGCUUCAGUCAAAGUGGACACCUGAAGAGCCACAUGAGGACUCACACCGGCGAGAAACCCUACAAGUGCGACCAAUGCAUGAAGCUCUUCAGUCUGAACUGUCACUUGAAGAGCCACAUGAGGACUCACACCGGGGAGAAGCCCUACAGGUGUGACCAAUGCAUGAAGCUCUUCAAAUCGAAAACGCACUUGAAGAGCCACAUGAGGACUCACACCGGGGAGAAGCCCUGCAAGCCCUACAAGUGUGACCAUUGCGCAAAGUGCUUUGGACAAACAGCCGCCCUUCAGAUCCACAUUAGGACUCACACCGGGGAGAAGCCCUACAAGUGUGACCAUUGCGCAAAGCGCUUCAGACAGACAAGCCAGCUUACGGGCCACAUGAGGACUCACACCGGGGAGAAGCCCUACAAGUGUGACCAUUGCGCAAAGGGCUUUGGACAUUCAAGCCAUCUUAAGAACCACAUGAGGACUCACACCGGCGAAAUGCCCUACAAGUGUGACCAAUGCACGAAGAGCUUCGGACAGACAAGCCAUCUUAAGAGCCACAUGAGGACUCACACCGGCGAAAUGCCCUACAAGUGUGACCAUUGCGCAAAGAGCUUCGGACAGCCAUGCCAUCUUAAGAGCCACAUGAGGACUCACACCGGCGAAAUGCCCUACAAGUGUGACCAUUGUGCAAAGAGCUUCGGACAUUCAAGCCAGCUUAAGAGGCACAUGUGGACUCACACCGGCGAGAUGCCCUACAAGUGUGACCAAUGCGCAAAGCGCUUCGUACAGACAAGCCAGCUUAAGAGCCACAUGUGGACUCACACCGGGGAGAAGCCCUACAAGUGUGACCAAUGCGCAAAGCGCUUCGAACAGACAAGCACCCUUCAGAUCCACAUGAGGACUCACACCGGGGAGAAGCCCUUCAAGUGUGACCAAUGCGCAAAGCGCUUCAGACAAAGAGGCAGCCUGAAUGUCCACAUGAGGACUCACACCGGGGAGAAGCCCUACAAGUGUGACCAAUGCACGGAGCGCUUCAUUUAUAAAGCCUGCCUGAAGAGCCACAUGAAGACUCACACCGGAGAGAAGCCCUACAGGUCUGAACAAAUGCACGAUGCCCUUCAGUCAGAAAACGCACCUGGAGGACCACAUGUGUUAUGUAUUUUAAGCACAUAAGCUGCCCCCACAUAGCCACUAGCAAGCAGGAUCGAACACACAAGCUGCAUUACCCUCACACAGCCACUAGGGAGCAGGAUCGAACACACAAGCUGUGAUAUCUACCCCAGCUACAGAAGGCAGCAUCUUUAAGACAGACGUGGAAGCUGCAGCUAAGAGCUAGACCAAGCCCACUUCACAUAAGCCAGGCCUACUUGGUCCAAUUUCAGCGACCGGAGCCAGCGGAGGUCAGACAAUCAUAGGCGCCCCGCAGAGAGACUCGGGCCUAAGCCCGGGGCUCGAAGUAGCUCACGGUAUUUCUCUCCCAUUUCUCUCUUCUAGUGUUGCAUACAAUUCCCUCCCUUUUGCUUCAUAGUUACCAUACCGAAAUAGUUAAACAAAUAAAGUGAGUUAAAAGCCACCCGUUUCGAACUACUUUCAACAAGAGCACGACAAUUGCCACAUGAGGACUCUCUCCGGGGAGAAGCCCUGCGUGUGUCUACUACCGCCCAGUAGCUCCAACACCUGUGAUCAUGAAAUGCUUUGAAAGGCUGGUCUUUCACCACAUUAAAGAUGAACUGAACUGAAA